ACAACCACAAGCUUGAGCUUUUGGUUGAGAUGGUUCCUUUACAUGGUAUCGGAGCAGUUGACGUGAUCCAAUCGGGAAGAUGGCCGAAGUCUCAUCGGACAACCCCUUCUCAAAGGGAACCGGCGAAGAAGAAUUUGUAAGGGUAAGCCCUUACGAACUGAGAUCAGCAGAUACACCUGCGUUAGUAAUCACCCAGAUCAAAUUGACGGGUGAAAACUACGAAGAAUGGGCUCGGGCCGUGCGCAUUGCACUUCGUGCCAAAAGAAAACUUGGAUUCAUUGAUGGGACGAUUCCGUUGCCCGAAGACAACGAAGAAAAGGCUGAAGAAUGGUGGAUCGUGAACGCGAUGUUGGUGUCAUGGAUCUUCAACACCAUAGAUGGCACACUCCGAAACUCGAUCACACAAGUGGAGGAAGCGGCAGAACUAUGGAACGACAUCAAGGAGCGGUUUUCGAUAGCCAACGGACCGCGUGUAAAUAAACUCAAAGAAGAGUUGGCAUGCUGCAAACAAAGUGGACAGCCUAUUGCCACUUAUUUCGGAAAAAUGAAGAAUAUAUGGGAUGAACUGGGGACAAUCGAGAAACUCCCUAUGUGCGCCAAAUGUCGAGCCUGCAAGUGUGGGACCAUCAAGACAAUCGAGACACAAAAGGAGGAUGAAAAAGUGCACCAAUUCUUGAUGGGACUCGACAACGAAGGAUAUAGCGGCGUGCGAUCCAAUAUUCUGAGCACCACUCCGCUCGCACCCCUUAACCGUGUUUACUCGACUAUUAUACAACAAGAAGGAGUGCUUAAAGUGACCACCCAGGACGAGGAGAAAAACCCGGUCAGCUUUGCCGUUUUCAAUCGAACUAAUUGGGACGUUACGAAGGAAGUAAAAUGCAAACAUUGUGGGAUGACUCGACACGAGGUGAGCGGCUGUUUUCAGUUAAUUGGAUAUCCGGACUGGUGGGGUGAUCGACCCCGCGGACAGUUCACUGAACGAGGAGGAGGCCGAAGUGGACGCGGGGGAGGACGGCAUGGUGGCAGAACCGGAGCACCAGGCGGAUGCAAUAACCGGAACACAGGGACUGGUUUUGGAACCAAUGCUGCAGCCCACACUGCUCGAACAGAAGGAAGCAGCACGAAAGAACCUUUUACCUCUGAACAAUGGAGUUCCUUGAUGAAACUCAUAAAAGAAAAGGAAAUUCCUCUUGACAACCAAUUUUCAACUCCGGACGACACGGCUGACAUCUCCCUCGCCAUCGACGACGACGAGGAUCAGCCGGCGUCCCUCGCCACACGUCCACCUCCACAGCCAACGUCUCUUCCUGAGUCUGUCAAUCAAUCUACACCCGAGUCUAGCCCUGAUCAUACCAUUGAAACCCCUACCGACACCACACCCGAGUCUACCCAGUCUCCUCCCGUUCUUUUGUGUCGUAGUACCCGUGAUAAAAAACCUUCUACGCGACUUCGUGACUUCGUGGUUCACGCCAUUCAAGGACCCUCGAGUACCUCUCUGCCUCCAACCACGUCUUCAGCGAUCAGUGCAGAGGUCGAGCCAACCCAUUUUUCUGAAGCACUCUAGCACCCCCAAUGGCGGCAAGCAAUGAAAGAUGAAAUACAAG